AUGGCCUCCGUGCCAAAGCUCUCGAGCGUCUUCACGUGGAUCCUAUACUUCAUCCCCGUGUACAUCUUCAUCCUCGAGCCAAUCCUGCGCCCCAUCUUCCCCGACAAAACCGAACCCUCCGAGGUGACGACUUGGGAAAGCGAGGUCCUUCUGGACGACUGGGAGGAAACAAAGCCGGCAUUGAAUCUCGAAGAUGAUAGCUUCAUUAGCCCGGAGGAUGAUGUGCCCAUCAACUGCCCCGGCGAGGCACCCGGGUACAAGUUGCACCUCUUGUCGCGAACACCACUCAUCAUGUACAUUGAGAAUUUCGUGAGCGACGAAGAAGCCGACCAUCUGGUCGACAUCAGCCUUAACAAGUACAGCCCCUCAAUCGUCUACGAUGGCGUCACCGAGCGCGUCGACCCAAGCAAACGCCUCUCCGACCGCGCCCUCCUGGACCGAGACGAUACUGUCCGCUGCCUGGAAGAGCGCGCGCGUGCCUUCCAGGGGUGGCGACCACACCUCUACAUCGAGCGCAUGUGGGCACAGCGAUACAACGCCUCGGGCCACUACCGACACCACUACGACUGGGUGGGAUCACUUGCGCACGGCGGUGACCGACUCAGCACGUUCAUGGUAUACCUAGGAGCCGACUGUGUGGGCGGAGGCACGAAUUUUCCGCGCCUGCGCAUGCCGCCUGGUGAACAGUGGUGUCAGUUCCUGGAGUGCGAGCCGGAGGGCCAGCCAGCCCAGGAGGGCAUCACGUUCAAACCGAUCAAGGGGAAUGCGAUCUUCUGGGAGAACCUGCGCCCCGAUGGGACCGGGUAUCCGGAGACGUGGCACGCUGCGUUUCCGGUGUCCGAGGGUACGAAGGUCGGGCUGAAUAUUUGGAGCUGGUAUCAGCCGCCACGGAGGAUGAGUCAAAAGGGCACAUGA